AUGAAGUACACAAGGUAUAAGGUGAUCUCUGAUGAAGUGACAAGGUAUAAGGUGAUCUCUGAUGAAGUGACUAGGUAUAAUGUGAUCUCUGAUGAAGUGACAAGGUAUAAGGUGAUCUCUGAUGAACUGACAAGGCAUAAGGUGACCUUGGAUGAAGUGAUUAGGUAUAAGGUGAUCUCUGGUGAAUUGACAAGGUAUAAGGUGACCUUGUAUGAAGUGACAAGGUAUAAGGUGAUCUCUGAUGAAAUGACUAGGUAUAAUGUGAUCUCUGAUGAAGUGACAAGGUAUAAGGUGAUCUCUGAUGAAGUGACAAGGUAUAAGGUGAUCUCUGAUGAAGUGACAAGGUAUGAGGUGAUCUCUGAUGAAGUGACAAGGUAUAAGGUGACCUUGGAUGAAGUGACUAGGUAUAAGGUGAUCUCUGAUGAAGUGACUAGGUAUAAUGUGAUAUCUGAUGAAGUGACAAGGUAUAAGGUGAUCUCUGAUGAAGUGACAAGGUAUAAGGUGAUCUCUGGUGAAGUGACUAGGUAUAAGGUGAUCUCUGAUAAAGUGACAAGGUAUAAGGUGACCUUGUAUGAAGUGACUAGGUAUAAGGUGAUCUCUGAUGAAGUGACAAGGUAUAAGGUGACCUUGUAUGAAGGGACAAGGUAUAAGGUGAUCUCUGAUGAAGUGACAAGGUAUAAGAUUAUCUCUGAUGAAGUGACAAGGUAUAAGGUGACCUUGUAUGAAGUGACAAAGUAUAAGGUGAUCUCUGAUGAAGUGACUAGGUAUAAUGUGAUCUCUGAUGAAGUGACAAGGUAUAAGGUGAUCUCUGAUGAAGUGACAAGGUAUAAGGUGAUCUCUGAUGAAGUGACUAGGUAUAAGGUGAUCUCUGAUGAAGUGACUAGGUAUAAGGUGAUCUCUGAUGAACUGACAAUGGAUAAUGUGACGGAUGAAGAGAUAAGGGCUAAUGUGACCUUGGAUAAAGUGACAAGGGAUAAUGUGACCUUGGAUGAAGUGACAAGGGAUAAUGUGACCUUGGAUGAAGUGACAAAGCAUAAUGUGACCUUGGAUGAAGUGACAAGGGAUGAAAUGACCAGGGUUAAGGUGACUUUUGAUGUAGUGAGAAGGGAUAAUAAAUCAGGAUGA